CUUCAGUAUUACAGCUGGUCCUAUUAUUGUUGCGUUUUUGAACCAAAAUAGAUAUUGUGUCUAGUUCGAAUUUUCACACUAGCCAGCUUUUUUUUUUUAAAGAAAAUAGUUCAAAAAAUCCACCUGCCGAUAUGGGAAACGAAACUUCUCUUCCGAUGGAACUCUGUUCCAACUUUGAUGCUGAUGAGAUUCGGAGACUGGGGAAGAGGUUUAGAAAGCUUGAUCUUGACAAUUCUGGAGCACUAAGUAUUGAUGAGUUCAUGUCACUGCCUGAGUUGCAGCAGAAUCCUCUCGUACAAAGAGUCAUAGAUAUUUUUGAUGAAGAUGGCAAUGGGGAAGUUGACUUUAAAGAGUUCAUUCAAGGUGUCUCACAGUUUAGUGUCAAGGGUGACAAAGAGUCUAAGCUGAGGUUUGCAUUUAGGAUUUAUGAUAUGGAUAAUGAUGGCUACAUAUCAAAUGGUGAAUUAUUUCAGGUUUUGAAGAUGAUGGUUGGUAACAAUUUAAAAGAUGCACAAUUACAACAAAUUGUCGACAAGACAAUACUUUUUGCGGAUAAAGACGAGGAUGGAAAAAUUAAUUUUGAUGAAUUUUGUUCGGUUGUUGGGAACACAGACAUUCAUAAAAAGAUGGUUGUGGAUGUGUGAACUUGCACCAAAAGGGCACCAAGUACUCAAUCCAAAUGUUAAUUAUAAAACAAAAUAUACCAAAAGUAAUAAGAUCCUUCGUCCACAACUUUGCUCUUCGCCCAGUUUGUCUCUUUGUUUGUUGUUUUUGGACAAACUGUAUGUGAAAUUUUUACCCAACAUGAUUACAUUAUAUUGAAAGAAAAGGACAAUUACAUAAUAUUUGUUGAAAUUAAUUUCAAUAUUCUUCCAUACUCCUGUUUUUUUCUUAAAUGAAUUUAAUAUUUUGAAACACUCGCACAUUAAAAUUUAAAGUAUUGCCUUUGUAAAAAUUAUAAUCAACAUUUUCUUAUUUAUAUUAGAUAAAAAUUGCUCGCACUAAUGAUUAUUAGAUAAAUAUAUCAUAUCCUCAUUAUAACAGCAUUGCAAUCCUUCACUUAAUUUUUUAAAAAAUAAAAUAGUUAAUUGUACUUAAUCAUAUCUAAAAACCUAUAUAUAUUCUGCAAUCAUUAUAUUUUUGCUUUUGACAUGUUCAUAAGUAAGCCACUUAAAAGUUAAAAGACAGGAAUGCAUGUUAAUUAUAUUAACUAGUCUUUAAAAAAUAUUAUUGGAUUGUUUUAUAACUGUUGUGCAAUACAAAUGAAUAUUUAUGCUUUAUUUUCUUCUUGUAAAUAUGUAAGAGAUAUUUGUUUAGAUUUUAUUUUAUUAAGUCAAACUGUAAUUGUUGAUAAGUUUUCAGGUAAGGUGUGACAGCAUAAUUAUUGAGAUGGUAUAGAUAAUGUAUUUAAAUUAGUAUUAUUAUUUAAAAAAAACUAAGUUUUUAAAAAUAAUCUAUUAAAAUGGUUUCUUUUAUCUAAAUUAAACAUCUACCUGGCUUUAUAAAUUGUUUAUCAAAACUCAUCUCUAAAAUAAUAAAAAUUUAAUGUACUUUUCAAAGUCAUUGAAAUCAUUUUAUUUAAACUUUAUUGUGAAAGUAAGUAUAGGAAGCAGUGUUAUGUUACUAUGUGUUGAAUAAAAAUAAUGGAUCUUUAAAUCUAACUUGAAUAAAUUCCAUUACUUUAAAA